AUUUUAUUCCGUCGUCAAGCACGGAAUCUGUGUCAGGGGUCUCCAACUGCAAGACGAGAGAGAGAAAAAAACAAUUAAAAAGAUGAGCUAAUCCCUCAGAAACCGCUUUCCUUUCCUCAGAUUGGAGGGCUCGGCAUUCGCAGCACCGCCUAGGAGACAAGCCGGGCAGGAAAGGGUUAACGGCGGAGGGCACCGCGCUGCCACUUAAAACGAGAAGCUUACCCCGAAAAAAAAAACACAGAGGCAGAGCACGCUCUUGUCUGGUCAACGGUGGCCAAGGGGAAGCAGACGCCAAGGAGAUGUCAUGAAAAAGCAGCUUGGAUUAAUUGGGUCCCCUUACCGGAACGCUCUCCGGAGCCCGCGCCUCCAAGCCCCCUGGAAGAUGAACACAGCUGAUCAGAUUCUAUAGACGGCUUACGGUCCCCCGCUACGACAUACCAUGGAUCUUUCCUUUAUGGCCGCUCAGCUCCCCGUAAUGGGAGGGGCCUUCAUGGAUUCACCCAACGAGGAAUUCGAAACAGAGUAUUCCUUAUUUAACUCUUCCGCCAACGUCCACGCUGCCUCCAUCAUCGCCCAGAGCCCCCCCGAAGAACCCUCCCGCUCCUCCAACGACGCCAUCUUGCUAUGGAUCGCCAUCAUCGCCACCAUCGGGAACAUUGUUGUGGUCGGCGUUGUCUACGCCUUCACUUUCUAAGAAGACGAGAAUGCCAGACGCUCCAAGAGACAAACAUUAUUUUUUAUUUAUGUACAUACCGCGUUCAUUAUUUAAACCCUGUCAGACCUAAAAAAGAAAAAUGAUCAUGAAACAUUUAACGCUCGGGAACGACGGUUCAUUGUGAAGUGUAAAUAAUCUAAAGCGCGCGGUGGUCACACUCUGCGGAGCCCAGGGGGGGUAACCGGGCGCUUCCUUGCCUACAGAGAUGGAAAAAGCUGCUGUAAUUUACAUGGAAACAUCGGAAGAAACGGCGGCCGCCUUCAUUCUGGUUGUAUUACGGCUCUAAUACUGAUGGUCUGGAAGAUGGAAAAGAAAUACCCUGAAGGAGCCAGCUGACAACUUAUGCGUGGCGGGAAAAAAAUAAAUAAAAAUCGAUGGCAGUCUUAAUGGCCUUAUUAAUGAAAGAUCUGCAACUCUCAACAUAUUUGCAAACUUUCCUUUUUUUUUUUUUAUGUUAUUGGGCAUUUUUCUCCAGAUCUCCAGUCACUUAUCACCACUUGCAACUGACAAGUGGUUUAGAAACUCGCUGAAUCUUUACUUAUUUCUGAAACCGUCUUAAAGUGGACCAUGCAAGUCAAAUUAACGGAUUGACUCAACUGCCACCCUUCUCAGAUGCUUCUACCGACCUACUUUUUGAUCCCCUGCCACUCCGUUUGGCCUCCAGGAGCAAGGCCGUCCACAAAUGGUUCAAAUCUCAGCCGGUUCAGCAGGAACCAGCUAAAAUUCGAACCGUUAAUGGGCAGGCUGAAUGUAGAAUGUUGAUCGAUCAACUUGGGUACAACCAGCCACCCAGUUUCUGUAACCAUCCUAAAGUGGACCUGUGCUUUGGCCAUGCAAGUCAAAUCAACAGAUUGACUCAACUGCCACCCUUCUCAGAUGCUUCUACCGGCCUUCCUUUUCAUCCCCCGCCACUCCAUUUGGCCUCCUGGAGCAAAGAGAAGACUAAGGACAUCCAUACAUAGUUAGAAUCUCAGCCGGUUCAGCAAGAACCAGCUAAGAUUUCAACUGUUAAUGGGCAGGUUGAAUGUAGAAUUUUGAACGAUCGACUUGGGUACAACCAGCCUCCCAGUUUCUGUAACUGUAUUAAACUGCCACCCUUCUCAGAUGCUUCUAUUGACGUUCCUUUUGAUCCCCCGCCACUCCAUUUGGCCUCCUGCAGCAAGUAAAGGACUAAGGACAUCCAUACAUAGUUAGAAUCUCAGUUGGUUUAGCAGAAACCGGCUAAGAUUCGAACCGUUAAUGGGCAGGCUGAAUGUAGAAUGUUGAUCGAUCAACUUGGGUACAACCAGCCACCCAGUUUCUGUAACCCUCUUAAAGUGGACCUGUGCUUUGGCCAUGCAAGUCAAAUCAACAGAUUGACUCAACUGCCACCCUUCUCAGAUGCUUCUACCGGCCUUCCUUUUCAUCCCCCGCCACUCCAUUUGGCCUCCUGCAGCAAAGAGAAGACUAAGGACAUCCAUACAUAGUUAGAAUCUCAGCCGGUUUAGCAGAAACCGGCUAAGAUUUGAACCGGUAAUGGGCAAGUUGAACGAUUAACUUGGGUACAACCAGCUUCUGGUUUCUGUAACCGUCUUAAAGUGGACCUGUGCUUUGGCCAUGCAAGUCAGGUCAACAGAUUGACACAACUGCCACCCUUCUCAGAUGCUUCUACCGGCCUUCCUUUUCAUCCCCCGCCACUCCAUUUGGCCUCCUGGAGCAAAGAGAAGACUAAGGCCAUCCAUGCAUAGUUAGAAUCUCAGCCGGUUCAGCAGAAACCGGCUAAGAUUUGAACCGGUAAUGGGCAAGUUGAACGAUUAACUUGGGUACAACCAGCUUCUGGUUUCUGUAACCGUCUUAAAGUGGACUUGUGCUUUGGCCAUUCAAGUCAAAUCAACAGAUUGACUCAACUUCCACCCUUCUCAGAUGCUUCUAACGGCCUUCCUUUCCAUCCCCCGCCACUCCAUUUGGCCUCCUGCAGCAAGUAAAGGACUAAGGACAUCCAUACAUGGUUCAAAUCUUACCCGGAUCAGCAGGAACCGGCUAAGAUUUGAAUCGGUAAUGGGCAAGUUGAAUGUAGCAAGGUGAUCGAUCAACUUGGGUACAACCAGCCUCCCGGUUUCUGUAACCGUCUUAAAGUGGACCUGUGCUUUGGCCAUGCAAGUCAGAUCAACAGAUUGACACAACUGUCACCCUUCUCAGAUGCUUCUACCUGCCUUCCUUUUCAUCCCCUGCCACUCCAUUUGGCCUUCUGGAGCAAAGAGAAGACUAAGGACAUCCAUACAUAGUUAGAAUCUCAGCCGGUUUAGCAGGAACCGGCUGAGAUUUGAACCGGUAAUGGGAAAGUCGAACGAUUAACUUGGGUACAACCAGCUUCUGGUUUCUGUAACCGUCUUAAAGUGGACUUGUGCUUUGGUCAUGCAAGUCAAAUCAACAGAUUGACUCAACUGCCACCCUUCUCAGAUGCUUCUACCGGCCUUCCUUUUCAUCCCCCGCCACUCCAUUUGGCCUCCUGGAGCAAGGAGAAGACUAAGGCUAUCCAUACAUGGUUAGAAUCUCAGCCGGUUCAGCAAGACCAGCUAAGAUUUUAACUGUUAAUGGGCAGGUUGAAUGUAGAAUGUUGAUCGAUCAACUUGGGUACAACCAGUCUCCCAGUUUCUGUAAACGUCUUAAAGUGGACCUGUGCUUUGGCGAUGCAAGUCAAAUCAACAGAUUGACACAACUGCCACCCUUCUCAAAUGAUUCUAUUGACCUACCUUUUAAUAAACCUUUUAAAAUCGCCUUAUGUGAACUCUGACCCCAUGUGAUAACAACAGCUUCAGCAACCAAUGGGCAAGCACCGGGACUAUGAGAUGGUCUGAAUGGGAGGGAGUCACAUGCUUCCCAUGCUUGCAAGUAUUGGGUAUUUCUCUCCACUCCCUGUGGCUGGAGGGAGUGGCAGGAAUGCAAAGCCAAGAUGUAAAGAUGGAUAUGGGGCCCGCAUAGGCCAAGUACAGAAAGGGGACCCGCCAGAGAAACAUAAGGUGACGGCACUAAAGGAAAACGGGUUUAAGUUAAAUGUAUUUAUUUAUUUUUUGUUAUGUCUAUUCUUUAAAAAUCUUUUUAUAUCUAAUAUUAUAUAUAUAUCUCAAUGACCCCUCUAAUAAUGGAUGAGCCAUUGCAAGGAGUCAUUUACCUUGGUGUGUAAAAUUCACCUUGAGCUAUUGAACUCUUUAUUCAACAGAUUUUUUUUCAACUGACCCAC